UUGCGCCCGCGCGAGCCCCCUGCCGCCUGCCCGCAGGUGGAGCAGCCGCUGGCGCUGAGCCGCGCGCAGGCGCCGCUGGACAUCCAGAAGAAGUCGGUGGACUGGUCGGAGUACUUCGGGCUGGACCGGCGCCGCAAGAAGACCGGGCCGGGCGACGACGAGCGCUGGCUCAUGGACCGCUACCGCAACCUGGCGCUGGCCACCGCGGUGCGCAAGCGCGCGCCGGCGCUCGCCCAGGCCGAGGGCGAGGGCGAGGGCCCGCCGCUGGAGGCGCCCCCGCUCGACACGCUAGUUGUUGAUGUUACAAUAGAUGCCAAAUAUGCAGUUGUUGCAGAAGUUAUUCCAGUAGUGAAUGUUGUUCCUGGUGAACACAUUCUUGAGUUUGUUGUUAUUGAAGUUGCUAGUAUAGGCGCGGCGGGCGGCGGCCGCCUGGACGGCGUCGACUCCAAGCUGCGGGGCAUGGAGGACCUGAUCGUGAACGAGGCGGUCAAGUACACGGGCGCGCACGAGGGCGCCACGGACCCGCGGGAGGUGCAGGAGGUGAAGGACAAGAUCCUGGCGCGCCUCGCCGCCGCCUACAGCCUGGAGAAGAUGCGACUGGCGCUGCGCGAGUUCAAGUCCAGCCUGCAGGCGCAGAAGAUGUCCAGGUGCGAGACCGGCCACACUUGUACUUCCUUCAUUGAUCGAUUUGGUACACAGUAUGGAUGUCGCUAA